CAGUGUAUGGUGAAAACACUGAGCUCAUAUCAUCACUGGAUAGCGCUAAUAGUUGGCAGUGCGAAUCGGGUGCAAAAUGGCGGCCGAAGUCAGACAGUCACUCGCUAGUUUGUUAAAUAGUGGACUCUCUCCUAAAGAUUUAACUGAGAGAUAUAGGCGAAUUUUAAGUCAUAUUGUUGAGUUAAAGAAUGGGGAACUUGUUGAGGGGUUGAGGUCUUUUAUUGAUGCAGGUUUGUAGAUUUUAUAACAAUUUAUAAGUAACAAAAGUAGGCAAAUAAGUUGUUUUAAUAUAUUGGACAGGUAUAUUUUUAUGUAGCAUUAUUGAGGCCUGAGGGUGGGUUUAUUUAAAUGCCAAGUCAUAUAUGAAAUACACCUUUGGCUGGAAGAAAUUAUACGUAUUUUUAAAAUAUACGCCUUUCUCAGUACAAAUGAAAUGUUAAAAUGUUCAUUAUUUUAAAAGUACCGUACAUCUUUAAUUUGUCCCUCCCCCCCCCCUGGCGGCAUGUUAGUCGGUUUUAUAGGAAGUUUCAGUGAGUAAUUUAAAUUGUUAAUCUUUUAAUUCUAUUUAUUGAUCACUAAAUACCAGAUUACUAAAUAUAAUGAAAAGAAUUACCAUUUAUAUUUUCUCACUUCAAAUGAUACUUUAUAUAUAGUAUCAUAUAUUUGCCAGACUCUUACUCAAAAAUGGCAAUAAGGCUAAAGGAAUUAACAUAUCAGUUUACCGUCAUCCGCCCGUGUGUGUUAUUGGCAGCCACGUGAAAUUUUCAUUAUUUCAAUGUUUUUUCAUUACUUGUCAAAUUUCAUAGCAAGUGUUUCAAAAAUGGCUUUCUGUUGAAAUUUUUGGCAAAUACUGACUUUGUUUAUACAGUUAGCGAAGCGACAUGGGCGAAACGGAGUCAAAGACAUAGAUUCUUGGAUUUUUUUGGUCGAAAUUCGAAUUUUUAGCUCAAAAUUUGACAAAUUCAAAUCGUGAAAAAUAAUGAAUAAUUAAAAAAAUCAUCUGCAUCAACUUUUGAAAUUUCAGGUGACGGUAAACUGAUACCUUAAUUCCAUCGGCCUAAAAAGAAAUACAAUAUGUAUAAUUACAUUAUAUAGUUGGCAGUGAAAGUGUGAGCUCGGUGGUUUCGCGACAAUUACUCACAGAUCUGUGUAACCAUAUUCUAUCAUUGGAAACUUCCGUCACAAAAGAUGUUUCACUUUAUGCCUUGGUCAAACUUCAACCUAGAGCAAUCUCAUUUGAAGAACAGGUACUUUGAAAAAUGGGAUGAAGUUUUUUUGGCACCCCCAAGAAACCACAUUUUUUAAAACAUAUACUGUUCUAUAUUGGAGAGUGCCCCCACCAUCAAAAUGAAGACUACCACCAUCUCAUUACCAUCAUCACCACCACCGUCAUCAUCAUCACCACCAUCCCUACCACCAUCAUCACUACCAUCAACACAAUCAACAACACCAUCAUAAUGUGCACCAUCACAUCACCACUGCCACUAUCAUCACCAUCAUCAUCACCACCAUCAUGACUACCAACAUAAUCACCAUGCACCAUCAUAACCACCACCAUUAACACUAGCGCAUUCAUCAUCACUAGUUACCAUCAUCAUAACCACCAUCAGUAUCAUCACCACCAUCACUACCACCAUUGUCACAACCAUAAUCUCCACUGUCACCACAUCACCAUCAAGUUCAUCACCAUCAAGUUCAUCACCAACACUAUCACCACCAUCAUCCAUUAUCAUAUUCACCACCACCAUCACAAGAUCACCACCACCAUUACCAGCAUCACCAUUAUCAUCACCACCAUCACCAUCAUUACUAUCAUCACUACCAUCACCACUAUCAUCAUCAUCACCAUCAUCACUACCAUUGCCACCAUCACAACUAUCACCACUAUCAACCACCUUCACCACUAUUAUCAUUGCCACCAUGACCACAUUUCACCAGUAUAGACCCAUUGCACAUGACGUCACAGGGCUGGUGAGGAUGCAUCUGGAGGACAAAUUAGCAAUCUAUGCAUAAUAUAAUUUCUGUAAACAAAGCAAAUUUUGUAAAAGUUUAUAAUAAUUUUGUAUUAAGAUGGUUAAUUUUUGCACUGUAUGUGGUUGUUGUACCCGAACAGAUAUUGUUAGGGAGCAUCUGGAGGACACUCUAAGGAUUUGUGACGUCAGUGCAAUGGGUCUAUAAUAUUUUUAGGUUGCAACAAUCAGACAACAUCUGGCCACAAUUUAUGAGAAAGAGCAAUGUUGGAAAGAAGCUGCUGCUGUCCUUGCUGCAAUCCCACUCGAAACUGGACAAAAGUACGUUAAUAAUGGCCGCUGUUUUAAAUCAACAACUUCAUAUCUGCACCAGAGAAACACACCCUUUCGAUAAUUACGUCAUUUGGCCUGGGAGCCUCGCUCGCAUGAAUCGUGAGCCAAUCACCUUGCAUAAUUUACUAAUGAGAGCGAGGCUCCAAGACCAAAACCUAUGUGUGACGUAAUUAUCGAAAGGUUAACGAUGUGGGAAAACACUAUAAUUUCUGUCCUUAGUUUUAAUUUUUUUUUAAAUGAUUUCUAUCAUUCAGGCAAUACACUGUUGACUACAAGCUCGAGACAUAUUUAAAGAUCGCUCAACUAUAUCUGGAAGACGAGGAUCCAAUCAACGCCGAGGCGUAUAUAAACCGAGCUUCAAUUAUUCAAGCUGAUACAACCAACGUUGGACUUCAAAUGCUAUACAAGGUUCAUGACACAUUAACCCAUUGAGUGGCAGCACUCUUCCCUUGACGAGUAAAAUCAUCUGGCAUUAGACAGAGCUUCGACAGGAGCUUCGGUCAGGUGGUGCUGUCGUCGGAACAAGAGCCUUUCACCUCUGAGAUCGUGGGUGUGAUUCUCGCUACGGACUCAUGUGAAACGAGUCAGUCAACGCUCUGCCGAAAGUCGUGGGUUUUCUCCGGGUGCUCCGGUUUCCUCCCACAGGGAAUGGGGACCUUUAGCAAAUAGGUGACGGCAACGCGACGACGACGGCCAAAACACUCUCGUUCAAAUAAGUAUAUUAAACUUCAAGAACAACAUGUCUUGUAUUAUCCGUUGUAUGAAUUUAUUGCAGUUUAAGAAGGUUAAGACAGAGGUUUAUAGUUGAGAAGACUUCUACUAAGCCAAUUUGCCGAGGACGACUUCUCGCGGCUUGAAAGGCAAACGUUGUAUACAAAACGUGAAAAUCUUUGGUUUGCUGUUGUAAACAGAGCAAGGACGACGUCUAAAACUCCCAAGGGACCUUUAAUUAUGCAUUUUCUUUCUACACUGUAAUAAAUUUCAUUGUAUUAAUAGCCGUCGCCAUCCUGCUAGCUAAAGGUCCCUAAUGUUGACAGGGUGGGUUAGGAUAAACACAGUUAGAAAGUAAUAUCAUAAUCGUUAUAAAGAUGAAAUAUUAGAAUGUUAGGGUUUGUAAUCCAAGUGAGUAUAUAUACAUUUUAAGACCUGACCAGGAACGACUGCGAAAAAUGCAGCACAAGGUCCUCUGGUAGGAAUUGAACCUACGGCCCUGCGAUUCCGGUGCAGCGCUCUAACUAACUGAGCUACAGAGGCCAGCUGUUGAGCUGUAACCGUAAGUUCAUGUAUAUAUAGGUAAUCGGGUGUGCGGGUUGUGAUAAGGUGGACCUCAAUGAUUUGGUUUCUUGUACUUCACUUGGUGGAAUUAAUAUUAGAAUGUUAGGGUUUGUAAUCCAAGUCUUAAAAUGUAUAUAUACUCACUUGGAUUACAAACCCUAACAUUCUAAUAUUAAUUCCACCAAGUGAAGUGCAAGAAACCAAAUCAUUAAAAAUGAAAUAAUCUAGGCUAAGUAUGUAAUUAGAUAAGCGUAAUACUCGAUGUGGAGCGCAUCUGAUCAUAUCCAGCAUGUAAAUUUACGCUAUAGAAAUGCUGUUCGUGAUCAUCAUCGAGGUUGUUUUUAGGUUUGCUACGCCAGAGUGUUGGAUUAUCGUCGAAAAUUUAUUGAAGCAGCGCAGAGAUAUUUGGAGAUUUCAUAUCGUUCUGAAGUGGAUGACAGUGAGAGAAUGAUGUCGUUGGAACACGCGCUUCACUGCACAAUAUUAGCAUCCGCAGGUGAGAUGGUCCACAUUUGAAGUGAAUUAUUUUUGUCAUGGGGGAUAUAAUUGAGAGUUUUGGCAGUCAUAAGAAUACCGUUGUGCAUAGAGUAAAGUUUGUUUGAAAAUUAAUACAGCUCGCGGUCUCAUUUGCGUUCCGAACCUGUCUUGCGGAAAUCGUAGGAACGCGUUCCACAAUUUUCUUUUCAAAACUAUAUUCUCGCAUCGGAAAACGGGGACACAGCGAAUGCUGCUUUGACAAACGCGUGCUGGUAGAAACGCAAUUGCAACGCAAAUGGGAUGCAUCGAAGAACGUAUACCGGACUGGUAUUAUUAAAAGUUAUGUAUAAUUGUUAUUUUUCAGGUCAGCAACGCUCAAGGAUGUUAGCAACGUUGUUCAAAGAUGAAAGAUGUCAACAACUUCGUGCUUGUGGCAUUCUACGUAAAAUGUGAGUUCUAUGGUUCGUACGUUAAUUCUAUAAAAAUUAUAGUGGUAAGCAUUAUUAAAAUAAUAGUUAUUCAAAUUUUUUUUUAGGUAUUUAGAUCGAAUUAUCCGUGGUUCAGAACUUCAAGAAUUUGCGACAUUGCUGAAAGAUCAUCAGAAAGCCACUAUGGCAGAUGGUACGCAACUCAGAACUAUAUGUUGUCCCUGAUAAGCUUCCGUGGUUUGUCUCUGAACUACUUGAAAAAGAUAUCUCAAACGUGGCGGUCCAGUGUAGGUAGUAUUCUACAUUAUAUCACACUUGCGUCGGUUUUCUUUGAUGGUCCGAGGUUUAUAACUAGCUUAUAGACCUUGAAUAAAUGAUUGGAUUAAACUUGUAGACAAAACGCGAGAAUUUUUCAUUAAAAAUUUUUGAAAAUGACAAAAUAUGUUGGAAAACCUCCGCAAGUGUGAUAUAAGUUAGUUAUAAACCGAGUAAGUCGGUUUAUAACUGAUAUAUUGCCCCUCGGACGCUACGCGUCCUCGGGUCAAUAUAUCAGUUAUAAACCUCCUACUCGGUUUAUAACUCUUACAUAAACUGUCGUGAUUUGUGUCUGAACUACCUGAAAAGGAUAUCUCAAACGUGGUGGUCCAGUGUAGGUAGUAUUCUACAAUAAGCUGUCGUGGUUUGUGUCUGAACUACCUGAAAAAGAUAUCUCAAACGUGGCGGUCCAGUGUAGGUAGUAUUCUACAGUAAGCUGUCGUGAUUUGUGUCUGAACUACCUGAAAAAGAUAUCUCAAACAUGGUGGUCCAGUGUAGGUAGUAUUCUACAAUAAGCUGUCGUGGUUUGUGUCUGAACUACCUGAAAAAGAUAUCUCAAACGUGGCGGUCCAGUGUAGGUAGUAUUCUACAAUAAACUGUCGUGGUUUGUGUCUGAACUACCUGAAAAAGAUAUCUCAAACGUGGAGGUCCAGUGUUGGUAGUAUUCUACAAUAAACUGUCGUGGUUUGUGUCUGAACUACCUGAAAAAGAUAUCUCAAACGUGGAGAUCCAGUGUUGGUAGUAUUCUACAAUAAACUGUCGUGGUUUGUGUCUGAACUACCUGGAAAGAUAUCUCUAACGCGGAGGUCCAGUGUAGGUAGUAUUCUACAAUAAGCUGUCGUGGUUUGUGUCUGAACUACCUGAAAAAAUAUCGGCGUUUCUACAUUCAAAGCAAAUCAUUGACUUAUUUAGGAUCCAGUAUACUUGACCGUGCUGUGAUUGAACACAAUCUUCUAUCAGCCAGUAAACUGUAUAAUAACAUAACGUUUCAAGAACUUGGCGCUCUGCUGGAAAUACCAGCAGCAAAGGUAACUUACUGAACAUUUGCGACCUCUAUAGAGAUGAUAUAGUUCAUCAAUAUAUUUCUGUUUUGUUUUCAAGGCCGAACGAAUAGCUUCUCAAAUGAUUUCUGAAGGCCGAAUGACGGGAUCCAUUGAUCAGAUUGACGCCGUUGUUCAUUUUGAAAGUGAGUAUAGAAAGUAGCGGUAUUAACAGCUACCAUAUUCUGUGGUAUGAUCGAAUAUGUACUAUACGAAUAUGUAUACUAAAACAAUUAUUCGCCUCAGGCUCGGUGAUUAUCGGGGAACAUUCACCUCGACUUCGUCUCGGCGAAUAUUCCCCGAUAAUCACCUCGCCUUCGGCGAAUAAUUGUUAAGUGUUCUUGCUCGUAUAAGUUUCGACAUUUCUGAAGUUGGCCAGGUGCCAUCUGCUGUCACUGUAACGCUUCCUCAAAGCCACGAAUAUAUUCCAUUUAGCUCAAAAACCUCUUCCUUCGUGGGACAAGCAAAUCCAAGGCCUGUGUAUUCAAGUAAACGACAUUAUGGAAAAAAUUUCCCAACACGAACCGACGUGGUUAAGUAAAGCUGUCGACGCUCAAAUGACGUGAAAAUAACUAAAGUCAGUUGUUGAAGGUAAUUCGUGUAGGGGUGCACCGGAACCAAUUUUUUAAAGUCCCUAGAGCAUGGACGAUACCUUCAGAGAAGUGACAUGCAAGCAUUAUGUUUUGGAAGAAACCUUGCACCGUUUAGAAAAAUGUCUUAAUGCAUUUCUCGAGCACGCUUGAGAACAUGCGCAAAGGAGUUCAGUCAGCUCCGUAUGUACCUGGAGUGAGAAUUCGAGAGCUAUUGGACGUCAGUUUUUAGCCCCUUUCUAUUUUUGUCUGCAAGGAGUGUGCUGAAACCAGAGCCGUAGCGACUGGGGUGUGUGGGGGUGUGUGUGACCUCCCCCGAUAAUUGCGCAUGUGGGCAAUUUCAGGUAUAUCCAGGUAGAUUUGCAGAAGAAAUUCAGGUAAAUGAACACAAAUUCAGGUAAUUUCUAGGCCCAGAGAAGGUUAAUUUACAAAAAUAAGUGUGAAUUUGGAAACGAAUGAGGUUAAUUUACCCUAAAAUGGUACAUUGACCGAAAAUUUUUUGGCGGGGGGGGGGGGAGGAGGUCGCCCAAAAAAAUUUCAGGUAAAAAAAAUAUUUUUCAGGUAAAUUUCGAACUUUUGAUACUUUCAGGUAGAUUUAACCAAACACCCCCCUGAAGCGAGUCCCUCGGGACGGCCCUGGCUGAAACUUCGUGUUUUGACUUCCAUUUAAAGACAAAUAUUAGGAUUUUAUGAACUGAUGACUUGCUUAGCGAUACGGUCCGUUAGGAAAAACGGUAUAAAAGGGGGAAAUGGUAUAAAAGCUGUUUACGACCUUAGAGCUACUGGACGUUAAUGGCCUCCAUCUUGGCUUCACUUUUCUCAUAGGCCGAAUGACUGAAGAUCUUGCUCCAGAAAUGUAUAUAGAGCUCACUGGUGACUGCUACCCUCGACCUCGUGCCAUCGUGUGCGUCAUUGCUAGCCUUGACUUCAAACCAGUGUGUACAUUUGGAAAAUCUCGUAUAAGUGUUUAUUGAUAUAAAUUUAAUACCAAACUGUUUACUUUAGCAAAUUUCAUCUUAAAUGAUAGGGGAUGUUUGUAUACAAAUGGGUACGAUGUAUAGUCUUACUGGAUGAAUAGGACACUCAUGUGAUAAGACUAGAUUCUCAGGUGCUAUAAAAACAAUUUAAAAUUAUGUUCAAAACGAAAAUUAUAUGAAUUUGUAUACAUAGUAUAGAGGAUUUCCAUUUACUACCAAACA